AUGGCUGGCCAAUUCGCCGAAAAGCCUAACUCAAGGGGUCAAGUAUCUACGCGAUCGCAAACCUCAAGUCAUGGCACUUCGACCGACGAGCACGAAUUCUCCCUAAAGCCGGAGACAGAGAAAGAGGGGCACGCAACGCCGCUGCACUCGAGCCAUAAAGGCGCACUCAACAAGCAUGAUUCGCAAAUUGUCAAUGUCGCACCGAAAGACCAAGAUCUCUAUUCGCAUCUCCCCGCAGCUGAGGCUGAGAUAUUGAAGCGCCAGGUCGAUAUCCCCGUGGUGAAGAGUGGAUGGAAGGCAUUAUAUCGAUAUGCGACGGUCAAUGACUACAUCAUCAUGGCAGUCAGCGGUGUCUGCGCAAUAGCUGCAGGGGCAGCAUUGCCCCUUAUGACAGUCGUAUUCGGAGGACUUGCUGGACAAUUCAAUGGAUAUUUCGCCGGUACCACCACCCACGAGGCCUUCGAGAAGAGCAUUGUGCAUAAUGUAUUGUACUUCAUCUACAUUGGCAUUGCCGAGUUCAUUACCAUCUACAUCACAACGGUUGGCUUCAUCUAUACAGGAGAACACAUCAGUGGGAAGAUCCGUGCUGAGUAUUUGGAGGCUUGCAUGAGGCAGAAUAUCGGCUUCUUUGACAACCUUGGAUCUGGAGAAAUCACCACAAGGAUUACAGCAGAUACAAAUCUGGUCCAGGAUGGAAUUUCCGAGAAGGUCGGCUUGACUUUGACCGCGGUAGCAACCUUCGUCACAGCCUUCGUCAUCGGCUUUAUCAAGUCCUGGAAGCUCACGUUGAUACUUUCCUCCACUGUCGCUGCUAUUACUGUGACAAUGGGGGGCGGAUCUACCUUUAUUGUCAAAUACAGCAAGCAGUCUCUUGAAUCUUACGCUCUCGGUGGCUCCGUUGCUGAGGAAGUCAUCUCAUCAAUCAGAAAUGCCGUCGCUUUCGGAACUCAAGACAAGCUAGCUCGCCAAUACGAUGCCCACUUGGCCACUGCCGAGAAAUUUGGAUACAAAGUCAAAUUCGUCAUCGGUAUAAUGGUUGGCGGGAUGUUCAUGAUCAUCUAUCUUAACUACGGCCUUGCAUUCUGGAUGGGAAGCAGAUUUCUAGUCGAGGGGGAGAUCAACUUAAGCUCUAUUCUCACUAUAUUAAUGUCCAUCAUGAUCGGCGCAUUUUCGCUGGGAAACGUUGCUCCCAACGUUCAAGCAUUUACCACUGCAAUUUCUGCGGCUACCAAGAUCUUCAACACCAUCGACCGUGUUUCCCCGCUAGACCCCACAUCAACCGAUGGAGAAAUUCUGCCUCAUGUAGAGGGAACGAUCGAAUUGAAGAACAUCAAGCAUAUUUAUCCUUCCCGACCAGAGGUUACGGUUAUGCAAGAUGUCAGCCUGACCAUCCCAGCAGGCAAGAAGACUGCUCUUGUCGGUGCCUCCGGAUCUGGCAAGAGUACGAUUGUGGGCUUGGUAGAGAGAUUUUACGAUCCUGUUGGCGGCCAAGUUUUCUUAGAUGGCCACGAUGUCAGCACUUUAAACCUUCGUUGGUUGCGUCAACAAAUUUCGCUCGUUAGCCAGGAACCAACUCUUUUUGGCACUACUAUAUUCGAAAACAUCGGUCACGGGCUCAUCGGAACAAGAUUUGAGGGGGAGAAAGACGAGAAGAAAAACGAUCUCAUCAUUGAAGCUGCCAAAAUGGCCAACGCCCACGAUUUUAUUACCGCUCUGCCUGAGGGUUAUGAGACCAAUGUAGGAGAACGUGGUUUCCUCCUUUCUGGAGGUCAGAAGCAACGUAUUGCUAUUGCAAGAGCCAUGGUUAGCGACCCUAAGAUCCUACUACUUGACGAGGCUACGUCGGCACUGGAUACAAAGUCUGAGGGCGUCGUACAAGCUGCCUUGGAAGUUGCUGCCGCCGGAAGAACCACAAUCACUAUUGCACAUCGUCUCUCUACAAUCAAGGAUGCAGACAACAUUGUUGUUAUGACCGAAGGUCGCAUUGUCGAGCAAGGCACGCACAACGAGUUGUUAGCCAGGCGCGGCGCUUAUUAUAACCUGAUCGAAGCCCAAAAGAUUGCGGAAACAAACGAAUUCAGCCCCAAGGAGGAAGCAGAAGUUGAUGCUAAAGAUGACGGACUUGUUCGAGAAUUGUCCAAUAACAGCGAGACUGGUCUUGGUUUUAUGGAGGACCCGGAUGACAAGAAUAUAGGCGAAAAACUGAAUCGUACCCAGUCUGAGAUAUCCCAAUCUUCCUUGGCGUUACAAGGUCGGAAGGCGGACGGAACCCACCAAGACUCACUAUGGACCUUGAUGAAACUGAUUGCCUCUUUCAACAAAACUGAAUGGCAACUAAUGGUCGUCGGACUUGUCUUCUCCAUCAUUUGUGGAGGAGGAAAUCCAACUCAAGCAGUCUUCUUUGCCAAAGAAAUCAUGGCGCUUUCUUAUCCUUUAAAGAACCCAAUCACCGGGGCAGUGAUACCAGGAGCAAAGCAACAUGUUCGCCACGAUGUCGAUUUCUGGUCUUUGAUGUAUCUCAUGUUGGCCUUUGUCCAGUUUAUCGCCUUUUGUGGACAGGGUAUUGCGUUUGCAUAUUGCUCUGAGAGGCUCAUUCAUCGGGUCAGAGACCGAGCUUUCAGAACAAUGCUUCGACAGGACAUUGCCUUUUUCGACAAGGAUGAGAACAGUGCAGGUGCUCUGACUUCAUUUCUCAGCACAGAGACGACUCAUGUUGCGGGUCUGUCAGGCGUUACUUUAGGCACACUUUUAACUGUCAUCACAACUCUUGUUGCUGCCAUCACUGUCGCCACCGCAAUCGGUUGGAAACUGGCUCUUGUUUGUACUGCAACAAUCCCUAUUCUCCUUGGCUGUGGUUUCUUCAGAUUUUGGCUUCUUGCCCAAUUCCAACGACGAGCAAAGAAAUCCUACGAAACUAGUGCUAGUUAUGCAUGUGAGGCGACGAGUGCUAUUCGCACAGUUGCUUCGUUGACGAGAGAAGACGACGUUUUGGAGCAUUAUAGGGCCGCUUUAUCAUCUCAAGCCAAGAGAAGUUUGGAAUCGAUUCUGAAAUCAUCGCUUCUGUACGCCGCUUCGCAAUCAUUGAUGUUCCUCUGUGUUGCUCUUGGUUUCUGGUAUGGUGGCAAUCGUAUUGCAGACCGCGAGUACGACCUGUUUCAGUUCUUCGUCUGCUUUUCCUCUGUGAUCUUCGGUGCCCAGUCCGCUGGAACAAUCUUCUCAUUCGCACCGGACAUGGGCAAAGCCAAGCAGGCAGCACAAGAACUUAAGAUUCUCUUCGACCGUAAACCGGCCAUCGAUUCAUGGUCUACCGAUGGUGCACGUCUCGAGUCAUGUGAUGGUACCAUUGAAUUCCGAGACGUCCACUUCCGAUACCCCACACGUCCAGAACAACCCGUCCUCCGUGGUCUGAACCUUUCUGUGAAACCUGGUCAGUAUAUCGCCUUGGUCGGAGCAUCUGGCUGCGGAAAGUCUACUACCAUUGCCCUCCUUGAACGAUUCUACGACCCUCUAGUCGGAGGUAUAUACGUGGACGGCAAAGAAAUUUCUUCUCUCAACAUCAACGAUUACCGCUCCUACAUCGCCCUUGUAUCCCAAGAACCGACUCUGUACCAAGGCACGAUCCGCGAGAACAUCCUCCUGGGGGCUGACCGCCCAGACGUCCCAGACUCGGAAGUCGAAUACGCAUGCCGCGAAGCCAAUAUCUACGACUUUAUAAUGUCCCUCCCCGACGGCUUCGGCACGGUCGUCGGCUCCAAAGGAUCCAUGCUUUCUGGUGGCCAAAAACAACGUAUCGCCAUCGCCCGCGCUCUGCUCCGUGAUCCCAAGAUAUUGUUGCUCGAUGAGGCAACCUCGGCGCUUGACUCGGAGAGUGAACACGUGGUUCAAGCGGCGUUGGACAAAGCAGCUAAAGGUCGCACGACGAUUGCAGUUGCGCAUCGACUGAGUACAAUCCAGAAGGCGGAUAUCAUUUAUGUCUUCGACCAAGGUGUCAUUGUGGAGUCUGGGACGCAUGGCGAGUUGAUGCAUAAGGGGGGCCGAUACUCUGAGCUCGUGAACUUGCAGAGUUUAGGGAAGACGCAGAAUCAUUAG